AUGGGUGGUGGUUCCGCCGGCUCCAGCUCCGGCUCCGGCUCCGGCUCCGGCCCCGGUUCCGGCCCCCCCCUCCGCUGGGCCCGGCUGCUGGUGGCCCUCGUCGCGCUGCUGGUGCCGGCGUCGCGGGCCGAGAUUGGCGACGGCAUCUGGCGAUGGGACCGCAACGUGUCCAACUGGUACAGCUACGGGUGGUACGACGCCCUGGGCCGGCACGACCCGGCUCACCACCGCUACAACCUCUUCUUUCCGGCCAACUCUCGGCGGGCCGACCUGGGGGCCGCCGGGCAAAAGUUCCACUCGUUCCGCAACCCGUCCGUGGUCAACUGCGACAGCGGGCGGCUGGUGGCCUUUGCCGAGGGCCGGCGCUACGACAACCGCGACUUUGGCCACAUCUCCAUCGUGGUCAAGCGCCAGAAGGACAAGGACCAGGGCAAGGCGCGCUGGAUGGCGCACAUGCUCAAGUUCUGGAUGCCCCUGUCGGAGCUGACGCCCGGCGCGGCGGGCUCGUGGACCAACCCGACGGCCGUGCCGGACGGCGACACGCUGUACCUCUUCAUGAACUGGAACCGGCACGACCGCAGCCGGCGCGGCAACGAGACCCUGGCCACGGGCGAGGUGACGCGCAAGGUGGACGCCACGCCCGAGGGCCGCCGGCGGCUGUUCCUGACGCAGAGCCCCGACGACGGCCUGACCUGGACGACGCCCGUCGACGUGACGGACCAGCUCACCCCGCCCGGGUGGGGGUGGGACGUGGUCGGGCCCGGGCGCGGCAUCGUCCUCCGCUCCGGCGAGGUCGUCGUCCCCGCCAUGGGCCGCAACAUCGUCGGCCGCGGCCCGCCCGGCAAGCGCACCUGGUCCUACGUGCUGCUCGACGGCUCCGGCGAGGAGGGCACCAUCGUCCAGACCCCCGACGACGGCCUGCUCCGCAACGACAAGGGCCUGCCCGGCGACAACUUCCGCCGCGUCGCCCGCGGCAACCUCACCCACUUUGAGCCCUUCCGCCUCGACACCGCCCUGCCCGACCACAUCGACGGCGGCGGCGCCAUGGUCCAGUGGUCCUGGCGCAACAUGUCGGUCAAGUACCCCGACGACAACCGCAUCGUCUUCGUCAACCCCUACUCCAGCACAAACACCGACCGCCUCCGCUGCCAGCUGACCUACUACCACGACGGCAGCAGGUACACCAUCUGGCGCGACCUGCAGGACAAGAAGGCGGUCGGGCGGCACUUCGGCAUCGAGAGCCGCCGCGCCAGCAUCUCCUUCCGACUCUUCACCACCGAGCACCACCUCGUCUUCCUGUCCGAGAUGGACUUUCGUCAGACCGGCGGCUCCAAGGACGAUCACGUCGGCCUCUUGUUCAGGCACACGAGCAUCUCCUGGCUGCUCCACGGCAACCAGCAGGGGUUGAUGGGCAAGCCCAAGGAGGAGAAGGAUCCGUACCUGAGGUUGGUCAAGUUCGACCCCGAGAGGAAGCUGCCCAUGUGGGAAAAGCAGGGCAGGACGGUGGAGGAGAUCAAGUGUCUUGUGGACAAUGGGCAGUGCCGAGGAGUCAUGAGGCAGGGGACUGGCGACUAG